AUGACGGACACAAAGAGCACUACAGGGCAGCGCCUGACCCAAAUUAAAGACUUCUUGACCAUGAACAAGACGGCAACUACCAUACCAUGGGACCCAAAUAGCACCAUCUUUCCAACCCGCAAGGAGUUGCCUCAGAUUGCCGGAGCACCUGCAGAAGCUGCUUGGGUCUGGGGAGAUGAUGACAACAUUGGUCGACUCAACCUUCUUACGCCAAGUCGUGUCGCAGCUGCAGCCAAGGAGAUUAGAAGUGGCGAAAUUGUGCCCGUCAACUUGCCUUUGAAUGUCCCAGGUACUCCAGCAUUUGGACGCGAGGUCUUUCAGCAUGAAAUCAAGACUUUAGUGGAAGGAAUUGCUUACGAUGAUAUUUAUCAUCUCAAUACCCAAAGUGGCACACAGUGGGACGGCUUUCGCCACUUUGCCCAUGUUCCAAGUGGAUCCUUUUACAAUGGCGCAAGUGCCAAGGGUAGUGAUAUAACAGGCCCAACCGCCAAUCAUAAGUGCUCGAUUCACCACUGGGCUGAGCAUGGUAUAGCUGGUCGAGGUAUCUUGCUCGACUACAGAGGCUAUGCGCAUAAGAAGGGUAUCAACUACGAUCCAUUCGACUACUAUCCUAUCUCAUGGGAGGAGCUGUACCAAUGUGGCAAAGACCAAGGUGUCGACAUUCGACCCGCGGCUCAGGGCGGUGACAUCAAACUUGGUGAUAUGCUCUUCAUUCGGAGCGGCUGGAAGGAGGCAUAUGACAGCAAGAGUGACGAGGAACGGACCAGGGCAGCAACACGCCACGGUAGCGGAAAGGAUGGUGAAGACGGCUUACGGUACGCGGGUGUGAGUCAAGAGCAAAAGAUUCUCGAUUGGCUGCACGAUUGCUACUUUGCCUCCGUUGCUGGCGAUGCGCCUGCGUUUGAGGCAUGGCCUACGCAUGAGGAUUAUCACCUGCACGAAUACAUCUUGGCGCUCUGGGGUAUGCCACUGGGUGAAAUGCUGGAUCUGGAAAAGCUAGCAAAGACGUGCCGCGAGAAGAACAGAUGGUUCUUCUUCUUUUCUUCUGCACCUGCAAACUGUCCAGUGCACGUGUGUUCGCGUCUACGCCAAGUCAAAGGUAGCGCGACACAGUUGGCCCAGCCCUCACGACCCAACGCAUCGCCAUCUAGGCAGACUGCAACGCAUCUUAACGUGAUGCUGCCCGAGGAAAUUAUUGCACAGCUUAAUGCCGAAUUUCAGUGUCGUGAAGAACAAAUUCAGCAUCUUGCAGCGCUGUACGCCGCACAUCUACCUUCACCACCCUUUGUCAACAUAUACGGCCUAACUGCAACUGGAAAAUCGACGUUAUUACGCUCCUACUUUCAGCUCUCGCGAAUAGCACACACCAUUGUCAACGUGCGAGAAUGCAUCACCAUCCGGCAUGUCCUGGAGCGCGUCGUUGUAGCGAGUUUGGAUGCGCUCGACGAGACUAGCAAGGAGAGAAUCGAUAGACGGCCCUAUGCGCGGACAGAGAAUUUGAGCGCGCUGUGUGUCAAUCUUGGUAAACUACUCGAUGGACGUGGCAAGUUCGUGCUGGUACUGGACGCCGUGGACAAAUUGAGGGAAGGAGGUAUACCAAAUCUAUCCCUGAUCCUCACCACCACCCUCGCCCUAUCUCCAUCAAUCCUCCACUCCACCACCAUCGCCUCUAUCCCCUUCCCUCCUUACGACCGCACUCAACUCCUCACAAUCCUCGGCGCCCACCCCCCCAAAAUCUUCGAGUCUCCACCAUCGCUCGAACAGUUUCCCGAUUACACCCCCGACCUCGCCGCCGAAGACGACGCAUGGCUCUGGUCCCGCUUCCUUCAAGCCGCAUACGACUCCUUAUCCAAACACACAGGCCGCGACCUGACCAGCUUCAAACGCUGCGCCACUCGUCUCUGGCGACCGUUUGUAGAACCUUUCGUUUGCUGCCAAUUCGGUACACUCGACUUUUCAAGAUUGAUGGUCAACAGACACCAUCUGUUUCAACUACAUGACUGGGCACUCGACCGCAUCAUCACCAGCAUCGACAACCCCUCUAACACAACUCUUGCAACAGCAACAGCAACAGCAACAGCAACAGCACCCGCCACCACAUCCACAGAACCCCCACCCCGCACUCCGAGUAAAACGCGCGGAGUCCCAACAAAACUCCCCCUCCAACACCUCCCAUACUACACCACCCACCUCCUCAUCGCCGCCUACCUGGCUUCCUACAACCCCGCCCGCACAGACACAACCUACUUCAUGAAGCACACAGAUAAGCGCAAAAACCGGCGCCGUGGCGGCGCCGCCUCGCUUUCCACUGUAACCGGCAAACGCAGCGGCACGAAGCACCGCAAGAUCAGCCGGCAUUUGCUCACGCCCAGUCCGUUUCCGCUGGAUCGGCUGCUUGCGAUUUUCAGGGCCCUCCUGCAGGAUGGCGGUGUACCGCAGGUGGCGGAUCUGUUGACGCAGGUUGCUACGCUGGGAAGUCUGAGGCUGUUGGUUCGGGCGGGUGGGGUCGGGAGCGGUGAUGCUUUGGAGGCGGGCGGAAGGUGGAGAGUUAAUUUUAGUUGGGAGUAUGCGAGGGCAUUGGGGAGGAGUGUGGGGAUUGAGGUGGGUGAGUAUCUUGUUGGCGGGGUGGAUUGA